GGGGACAGACAGGGAAUGACAGUGGCACCAGAGGUCAGGAGGCUAUGCCCAGCUGUCCCCCUCCCUGAGCCCCCUUCAGACUAGCCACAGUACAGUGACGGUAGCAUGCAUAAAACCCUUCCCCUCCCCAUAGGUAGGUCCCCAAGACAUACCAUGUUUCCCCGAAAAUAAGACCUACUUACAGGAAAGAUAAGACAUCCCCUGAAAAUAAGACCUAGAGCAUCUUUGGGAGCACACCUUAAAAUAAGACUGUCUUAUUUUCGGGGAAACAGGGUAGAACAGGGCCUGGCACAUGGCAGGUGCUCCGUAUCUGUGUGCUAACAAAUGAAGGUCUUGAAGGAAAUACAUGGCGGAAGGAGGGUAAGAAAGCACAAGCAGAAAUAGUCAAAAAACAACAACAGCAUCCACUGCUAUUUUAAGGGCCCGAUUCUUAUGUCAACUCAAUCCUUACAACAACUCUUUGAGAAAGGUCUGUUACUAUUUCUUCUUUUUUCUUUUUUUUUGUAGAGACAGAGUCUCACUUUAUUGCCCUCCGUAGAGUGCCGUGGCGUCACACGGCUCACAGCAACCUUCAACUCCUGGGCUUAGGCAAUUCUCCUGCCUCAGCCUCCUGAGUAGCUGGGACUACAGGCGCCCGCCACAACACCCGGAUAUAUAUAUAUUUUUUUGUUGUUGCAGUUCGGCCGGGGCUGGGUUUGAACCCACCACCCUCAGUAUAUGGGGCCAGUGCCCUACUCACUGAGCCACAGGCGCCGCCCAGGUCUGUUACUAUUUCUAAUUGAUGAAAACUGAAACUGAGGCUCAGAGUGUCUAGAUGACUCAAUCACCUACAGUUACACAGCUCUAACAUGGAAAGCUGAACACAGGUGAUGGAUCACUAUAAGGAGACAAAACUUUUUUUUUUUUUUUUUUUGGAGACAGUCUCACUCUGUUGCCCUGGGUAGAGUUCAUCAUAGCUCAUAGCAACCUCCAACACUUAGGCUCAAGUGAUCUUCUCACCUCAACCUCCCACAUAGCUGGGACGCACCCACCACCAUGACUGGCUAUAUUUUAGAGACCCUUCAGGCUGGUGUUGAACUCCUGAGCUCAAGUAAGCCACCUGCCUCAGCCUCCCAGACUGCCAGGAUUAUAGGCAUGAGAUGCCAUGCCUGGCCUAAGGAGACAAACAUUUGAAAGGGUAUUUGUGCAAUUAAAAUACAUACACGUAGCCAGGUAUGGUGGCUCACGCCUGUAAUCCUAGCACUCUGGGAGGCAGAGGCAGGUGGAUCACCUGAGCUCAGGAGUUCAAGACCAGCCUGAGCAAGAAGGAGACUAUCUCUACUAAAAAUAGAAAAACUAGCUGGGUAUAGUGUUGGGAGACUGAGGCAAGAGGAGUUUGAGGUUGCUGUGAGCUAUGACACAAAGGCACUCUGGCCUGAGGAAACAGAGUGAGACUGUCUCAAACACACACAUGCACGUAUAUAUGUGGCCAUACACAGGUGAAUGAAAAUAAUUAUAAUUAUAGAUAUGUUAUUGUAAUCUCAUGGGUAUGAAGGACACGCCUAGGACUAGUUUAGUUUACAAAAAGGAAGUUUAGGCUUGGCGCUUGUAGCUCAGCAGCUAGGGCGCCAGCCACAUACACCAGAGCUGGUGGGUUCGAAUCCAGCCCAGGCCUGCCAUAUAAUAACUACAACCAAAAAACAGCCAGCGUUAUGGCAGGCACCUGUAGUCACAGAUACUUGGAGGCUGAGGCAAGAGAAUAGCUUAAGCCCAAGAGUUUGAGGUUGCUGUGAGCUAUGAUGCCAUGGUACUCUACCCAGGGCAAUAUAGUAAGACUUUAUCUCCAAAAAGAAAAAAAAAAAAAAAGAAAGUGUUUCUAGACGAUGUACAGGAAAAGGCGACAUCACUAGUUGAAUAGUCAUUAUGGGGGACCUACACACAGGAAUGGUCAGGACAGAGUUGGGGAACCCCAUAACAGCAGUAUGGGGAAUACCAGCAAGCCAGGGGUUGGCCAUAAACAUCUUAUAGGACUCCCUUCCCCUGUGUCCAUCAUGGCCUCUCUUCUUCAGUUUACCCCAGUAGCCCAGAGGGAUUCUAUUAUCACUGAGCCCACCAGGGCACCCUAUCCCCACCCUAACUUCUAUCCUCACCAGCCACUUGUGGGCUCCUGAACACCCCAGCCAUCUACCCUGCCGUGGGGUUUUUAACCAUAACCACUCUUUCUACUGACAGACUAAGCUCACACCCUUCCCUCCUCCAUGUCUCUGUUCAAGUGUCACCUUCUCAGUGACACCUUUGCACCCUGGUCUAAUUAGCAAUCCCUCCCCAACCAUUUUCUAUACCCCUCAAUCUUUUUAUUUUUCUCUCAUCUUCAGACUCAUAGUACACAACACUUAACUUGUAUGUUUGUUUAUUGCCUGUCCCUGAGAGUAGAGACUUCAAUUCACUACUGUAGCCCCAGAAUCUAGAUCACUUUCUUUGUGCAAAAAAAGUGCUUAUACAUAUUUGUGGCAUGGAUAUCUCUGUGUUCAGUUUGACAAAUGUUUUCUGAGGCUUUUAUACAUGCUGUUCCCUCUGGGAAUGUCCUGCCCUGGUUUUUCCCACCAUCCUUUAGGACCCAGCAGGAAGUCCCCCCAGAGUCCUUCAUCCCAGGCAGCAAGCACUUUUUUUUUUUUUGAGAAAAAAAAGCAAUCACUUUUUUUUUUUUGAGACAGAGUCUCACUAUGUCGUUCUGGGUAGAGUGCCGGGGCGUCGCAGCUCACAGCACCUCAAACUCUUGGGCUUAAGUGAUUCUCUUGCCUCAGCCUCCCAAGUAGCUGGGACUAUAGAUGCCCACCAUCCACCUAGGCUAUUUUUUGGUUGCAGUUGUCAUUGUUGUUUAGCUGACCUGGGCUGGGCUUGAACCUGCCAGCCUCAGUGUAUGUGGCUGGCGCCCUACUCACUGAGCUAUGAGCGCCAAGCCAACAAAUCACUUUUUAAACUGGUCAUGCUGUCCCAGCCCCAACCACCCAGGGCCGUGGCUGUCUGUUGCCAGGUUCCUUCCCCACCAGACCAGAGGACAAACCUGGUUUGACUCAUUGCUGGGUCCUUAGCAUCACCAUCCCAGAACAGGUUCUAACUGUUUGCUGGAUGUCCAUCCCUUUACCUCCCUCUCUAUCUCUCACUAGUUCCUGCCCUGUCCUGCUUCCCUGCCAUUUAACAAAUCUUUCCUGGGGCUUUGGUGUGAGGUGCUCCCUCUGCCUGGAAUGCUGCUCCCCAACUGUCCACCUGGCGACCCCUGCUCCUCAUUUGAGACCUGUCAUAGGCUCCAUCUGCUAUGAAGCCACCACCAAGAUGACCCAGCUCCAGUCAGAGGUUCUUUCUCCAGCUCCCCCUACCCCAGCACAUCCCCACCCUGGCUGUGCUGGGGGCCGACUAUAGCCAGCUGGGCCCCAGUAUGUCUCUGCUAUCAGACAUACUGCAACUCUUCAAGGGCAGGUCUGAUAAUGGGGCCCCAACAGUGCCCAGCAGAGGACAUGAAGGUCAGUAGAUGACUGUGGCCCAAGGCCCUGACAUCCCUUCCCUAAGUCUCUGCCUCUGCCCCUCUCCCACCUGGGUGACCCUUUCCUUCCCUGCUGGUGAACUCCUGAUCCUCUCUAAGAUCCAGCUCAUAUGUAGCCCCUCUGUGAAGUCCUUCCUGACUUCCCCAGAGGGAGUCUCUGGUCUGAGCUCCCCCACCCCUGGACCAUCCUCCCAUUGCACCCUGGUCACCCUGGGUAGUGAUCUGUGUCUGGAGGUUCCUUGAAAGCAGGAACUGGGUCUGGCUCAUCUUUGUGACCCCAACAAUGUUAAGCAUAAGUCAGCCUUUGGAGAUACUUGCCAAAAGACUGCAAAACACAGAAAACAUCUCUACCCUCUAGCCAAGGCACGCCCCCCCCUUCUCCUCCCAACUCUAACUUCACACCAUCCACUCUCCAGGGUCUUCAAUGGCCACUAUGACUUCACACAGUUGGGACUGUGACAGGCAAUGAGAUUGUUACCCAUGGCUACCAGAUCUUUCGUGUCCACUGUGACUUCCAGGACCACAAGCUCUUUAGCUCCCACCAUGCCCUCUCCACCUAAAAGAUCCUCGAAGCCCAGCAUGCCUCUGGCAUCCACUGGACCCUCCAUGCCCCCUGUGGCUCCCACAUCUCCUCCAUCCUUGAAGACCACCAAAUCAUCAACGCCCAACAGGUCAUCAGUACCUACCAAGACAUCAACAUCCCCUACCUCAGUCACGAGCCCAAGCAGUUCCAAGUCCAUCAAAUCACCAAGUACCAAAAGAGCCCCUUCUAACCAUCACAGCAGUAGGUCCCGAGUCCACAGCAAGGUGAGGACACCCAGCAGGGCAAGCACCGACACCAGGGCCAGCAAAGCCAGCAAGGGCAGUAGUAUGAGACGCCACCGACGGAGAGGUACACGUAGCCGGGGCAGAACACCCGGUAGAAGGGGAAGCCACAGUUCCAAGAGGUCACCCAGCAGAGCCAGCACUCCCAGCGGGAUAAGAACUCAUGGUGCCAGACCAGGCAUUGCCAGCAGGGUGAGAACUCCUACUUCCCAGCAAAAACUGACAUGGGGGAAGAGUUAUAGCCGGCUUAGAACCAUCAGCAGGGAAAGGAGUGACAGCCUGCCUAGAAAUCUGCGCAGAGAGAAGAGUGACAGCCCACCAGGAGCCUCAGGUAUGGAGAGGAGGUCUAGACUGGCUGUAAUCCACAGUAGGGCAAAAAGUCACAGCCCAACUACAAUUUCCUCUAGGGCAAAGCAGUACAGCCUGUCUCCAUCAUCAUCAAGGAGGGUGAAGAGUUACAGUGAGGUGACCACCUCUAGUAGAGAACAGAGUUACAGCCCAAUGUCCAGCAGGGUCAAGAGAUGCAAACAGGUUAGCACCCCACGCAGGACCCGAAGUCACAGCUCAUCUAGCACCCCUAGUAGGACCCGAAGUCACAGCAGGUCUAGGACCCCCAGCAGGACCCGAAGUCACAGCCAGCCUAGAAGGGCAAGAAGUCACAGUCGGAAGAGGACCCACAGCAGGGUGAGAAGUCACAGUCAGAAAAGAAAUCAUGUUAGGGCAAGAAGUCACAUCCUAAAGGGAACUCCUAGUGAGACAAGAAGACACAGCCACUCUGGAACUUGCAACAAGGGGAAAUGUCAAAACCAAUCUAGAAUCCCCAGAAGGGAAAGAAGUCACAACUGGUCUAGAACCCCAAGUGAGGAAAGAUGUCACAGCCAGUAUAGAAGUCCCAACAAGGAGAGAGAUCACAGUCGAUCUAGAUCUAGAACCUCCAGCAAGCAGAGGGACUACAGCCAUUCUAGAACUCCCAGUAAGGAGAGGGACUAUAGCCGAUCUAGAACCCCCAGUAAGGAGAGGGACUACAGCCGAUCUAGAACCCCCAGCAAGGAGAGAGCACACAGUAGAUCUAGAACCCCCAGCAAGGACCGAUAUUAUAGCCGAUCUAGAAACUCCAGCAAGAAGAGAGAGUGUGGCCGAUCUAGAACCCCUAGAAAGGAGAAAACUCACAGUCCAUCUAGAACCCCCAGCAAGGAGAUACGCCACAGUCGAUCUAGAACCUCCAGUAAGAAGAGAGUUUGUGGUUGCUCUAGAACCCCCAGCCAGGAGAAAACUCAUAGCCAAUCUAGAACACCCAGCAAAGAGAGAGAUCCCAGUCAACCUAGAAUCCACAGAGGUUCCAGUGGGAAGGAAUCCUCUAGCAGGACAAGGAGUCCCAGUCAGAACAAAACCUCUAGCAAGAAAAGGAGCCCCUCCCCAUCAACAUUUCCCAGUGGAGGCCAUACCCCAAACCAGGAUUACAGACAAGCCAAUACCACAGCCUCUGAGGCCAUCUCACCUGGAGAGAGGUCUUCAUCGUCUUCUUCCAAGCUGGCAUAG